GUCAGUGACGCCGAUUCUUUCCCGCAAUGCAACGACAUCGGCGAGCAGACAUCUCAGAAACGGAUAGGCUUCAGACAUUUACAGAUGCAGUAGUCGCCAUUAUUGCUACAAUCUUGAUCGGUCCAGUAGCUCGACUGGAAUCGUCGCAAUCGGAAUCCGAGGACAAGGAUUUUGGCGACACCUGCAAUCUUUCCUGCUACAUAAACAAAAGAGGACCAGCAAUUGCCGUCUACUUUCUAGGCUUUUUUCUUGUCUGUGGUCUGUGGUCAGGAUUCGUUCGUCUAUUCCGUUCGAUACGUCACACUGAUGACAUCCUGUUGGGUCUCAAACUAGUAACAAUUGGUUUCAUGUCAUUCCUACCAAUGGUUGUCAGUCUGAUGGCAAUGUAUCCAGCCGAGAGUCUCUCUGUCUAUCUGACAUGCUUAGUGAUCGGUCUAGUAGCUGUCAUGCAACUGAUCACGGUGUUAUAUACUUUCAGAAAAGGCAGUGAGGAAUUACUGCAUGAUGACGUCGAUUUAUCAUUUACACCCAAAGUGCUAAUUGCUACUGAAAUAGCCACUCUGGCUGUCUGUAUAGUUGUGGCUCUGGUCAAUAUUGGUAACUCUACAGUUGCCAUCGCUCUGCUUCUCCUUAUUUUUGUCAUUCCUGUCGUUGUUAAAGUAUUCGAGAAUAUAGCAAAGCAAGGACGUAUUAACAAGGAGCUUUUACCCAAAGACUUGUUUACUGAGACUGUGGAUAAAUUUCGACUGGAGAUCUUUAGUGAUGGUGUGUUUGCAAUAGCAGCAACUCUUAUAAUUCUUGAAUCAUCGACAGAAGUCGUUCCCAUGAAAAGUGAAGUUAAAGCACAUGGAUUUGAGAAUGAGAUUCUUGAAGCGUGGAAUAGUGGAGUUUCCUACCUUAUUGCAUUUGUUAUGAUCUCGAUGUUGUGGUUUGUGCAUCACUCUGUUUUCAAUGCCCUACAACGAGUAAACAUUUUACUUCAUGUUAUAAAUAUCUUAUCGCUUUCUCUUGUGGGAGUUAUUCCUCUGGUUGCUAAAGCGUUGCUUCUUCAUGGUGGCAAGGCUGAUGCUGAUGACAACAGAGCUGUUCAGGUUGCUUGUAUUGUGCUGUUUGGCAGUGGGAUAGGCCACUUUAUAAUGUGGACUGUUGCAGUAUGCAACCGUGCUAAGCUCCUAAGUCGUGAUGUAAAUUCUCACAAGGCGAAUGAAUAUUAUAUUACUGCAAAGACAUUGGUGUUGCCUUGUGCAAGUCUUGUUACUCUCUUUGUCACUUGGAUUGGUUAUACUGCAUCGUAUGGUACGUUGUGUGUUAUGUUGCUGGCACUUCCUGCAUUGUUUGGCAUACUGAACUGGAUAUCGUCAUCUAGUCGAUUUCCUGGGCAAGCAGGAAUCGAUGAGACAGCAACAGAAAUUACUGCUACAUCUGAUCCAAUGUGACUUUGUCUGCCGGCUGCCGUAUGAAAGAUGGUUUGUUGCAUUGGAAUUAGCAUAGCAGUGUCUUAAUUGCUAUAGGCAAUGAGUGCAGGAUUGUGUGGAUUGCUGACUAGGACUAGAUUAAGGCAGAAUAGCUGCAUUGUCUGGAAUGCUUUAAUGUAGGAAAGCAGUUGUGGUGCUUCUUUUGAAGCAACUUAAUUAAAGCAUUUCUGCACAUGUGUGUGUGUGUGUGUGUGUGUGUGUGUGUGUGUGUGUGUGUGUGUGUGUGUGUGUGUGUGUGUGUGUGUGUGUGUGUGUCAUCAAAUUCUUAUGACUGGAAAUUAAUAGUCAAUAUGUUUAUGAUAGUGAUCAUUGAUCACAUGAAUAAUUCUCUUAGCUACGCACGUGUACCUAGCGUUUCACGUGUCGGUAAUCACUAGCAAGUUGAGAGUUUCGGCUUAUCAAUGCCCAUCACUCUAAACGUUAUUGAAGAGUACGGCUGCAUGAA